CUGGCCAGGUACCUGGCUUUCCACGCUCAGCUCUGCGCGUAGUUGGCGUUACCGGGACAGCGGGAGAAACUGGAAUGAGGGCGGAGACAAUGUGCUCGCCCGCCCGCAUGCGCGGAGCCACAAUGGUCGGACUACAACUCCCAGAGGAGUCACGCGGAGGCCGCCUACCCCGGCGCCAUCUUGAAAUCUGAUGCCUCAUCGCCCGGGCUUUGCGUCAGCCCUGAGCCGCCACUGCUGUCCGGGAGCCCAGCCUUGCCCGCCUGGGAGGACGUAGAGGACACGGCUGCCCGCGGCAGAGGCAGCUGGAGGGGCCUUGGCAGCGUCCGCGCUCAGCUCGCACCCUGUCACUCAGCAUCCCCCCUUCCUCGGCGUUCUGUGCCCGCCCCCUGCCCGAGGGGCGGGGCUGGCUGUGUGGUACCCAGAGCCUGCGCGCACCUCAGAGCGCCCCUACCCAGUGAGGACCCCGGGCAGGGCCAUGCCAGCCCCAGACGAUCAAGGUGGGAAGAGGAACGCGUCCCAGAACCGGUGAGCAGCCCACCGCUGUGACCGUUACAGAGAAGAAGCUCGGCACCCUCCCGGAGUUAAAGAUGAAAGAGAUUUGCAGGAUCUGUGCCCGGGAGCUGUGUGGAAACCAGCGGCGUUGGAUCUUCCAUACCGCGUCCAAGCUCAACCUCCAGGUUCUGCUUUCGUACGUCCUAGGCAAAGAUGUCACUCGUGAUGGCAAAGCCGAGUUUGCUUGCAGCAAGUGUGCUUUCAUGCUCGAUCGCAUAUAUCGAUUCGAUACUGUUAUCGCCAGGAUCGAAGCCCUUUCUCUUGAGCGCUUGCAGAAACUGCUGCUGGAAAAGGAUCGCCUCAAGUUCUGCAUCGCCAGUAUGUAUCGGAAGAAUAAUAACGACGACUCUGGCGAGGAGAUCAAGGCGGGAAGUGGGACGGUUGACAUUUCCAACUUACCAGAUAUGAGGUACUCUGCGCUGCUCCAGGAAGACUUCGCCUAUUCAGGGUUUGAGUGCUGGGUAGAAAAUGAGGAUCAGAUUCAGGAGCCCCACAGCUGUCAUGGUUCUGAAGGCCCCGGAAACCGACCCAGGAGAUGCCGUGGUUGUGCAGCGUUGCGGGUUGCGGAUUCUGACUAUGAAGCCAUUUGUAAGAUACCUCGGAAAGUGGCCAGAAGUAUUUCUUACGCCCUCUCUAGCAGGUGCUCUACGAGCAUUUGCACCGAAGAACCGGCAUUGUCAGAGGUUGGGCCGCCAGACUUACCAAGCACAAAAGUAGCCCCGGAUGGGGAAAGCAUGGAGGAGGGGACCCCGGGCUCCUCUGUGGAAUCUUUGGAUGCUAGUGUCCAGGCUAGUCCUCCACAACAGAAGGACGAGGAAGCGGAGAGAAGUGCGAAGGAACUCCUAAAGUGUAACUAUUGUUCGGAUGAACAGGCUCCGCAGCAUUUCUGUAACCACAAACUGGAGCUGGCUCUCAGCAUGAUUAAAGGUCUUGAAUAUAAGCCCCUUCAGAGUCCCCGAGGGAGCAAGCUUCCAAUUCCAGUGAAAUCCAGCCCACUUGGAGCCAAGCCUGGCCAUAUCAUGACAAAUGGAGUUAGUUCCAGUUUCCUUAACAGGCCCUUGACACCUGUGAGUUACUCCUUGGAGUUCUCGGACCUACUGGAGCUGUGGGAUGAUCUCUAUGAAGAGUAUUUGCCGCUCCAAAUCCAGCCCCAUCCUGUAAAGUUACCUAAACAACAAAAGCUGGACUCAGAUGGGACCGCAGUAACCCAGCCUGUUACUGAGAAAUCUGUGUCUGACUCCCGCUUGGAAGAGCUCCGGGACAAAGUCCAGCAAACAGAGGCCACCAACAAGAUUCUUGAAGAGAAACUGAAUGAAAUGAGCUAUGAGCUAAAAUCUACACGGGAGUCAUCCCAGAAGCAAGACGUGACCAUUCAAAGCCUCAAGGAAUCACUAAAAAGCAAGCAAAGUGAGACUGAGGAGCUGUACCAGGUGAUCGAAGGUCAAAAUGGCACAAUGGCAAAGCUUCGAGAAAUGCUGCACCAAAGCCAGCUCGGCCAGCUCCAUGGCUCAGAGGGCGGUGCCCCAAGUCAGCAACAGGUGGCCCUGCUUGAUCUUCAGAGUGCCCUGUUCUGCAGCCAGCUUGAAAUCCAGAAGCUCCAGAGGCUGCUGCGCCAGAAAGAGCUGCAACUGGCUGAUGUCAAGCGAUGCAUGCAGUUUGUCGAGGCUGCAGCCCAGGAGAGAGAGCAACAGAAGGAAGCUUCUUGGAAACACAACCAGGAGUUACGAAAAGCUUUACAACACCUCCAAGGAGAACUGCACAAUAAGAACCAACAGAUUCAUGCUCUGGAGAUGGAAAAAUACAAUGAGAUUCGAAUCCGGGAACAAAACAUCCAGCACCUCCAUCAAAGCCUGAGUCUCAAAGAACAGCUGCUCCGGGAAUUUCAGGAACUCCUGCAGUAUCGAGAUAACUCAGACAAAACUCUGGAAACAAAUGAGAUGUUGCUUGAGAAAAUGCAGCAACAGAUACAAGACCGAGCCGCCGACCUGGAGCGGGCUAUCGAUGAGAAGUUCUCCGCUCUAGAGGAGAAGGACAAGGAAUUGCAGCAGCUUCAUCGUGCAGUGAGAGAGCGAGACCAUGAUUUAGAGAGACUGCGUAGUGUCCUGUCCGCCAAUGAAACUACCAUGCAAAGUAUGGAGAGUCUCCUGAGGGCCAAAGGCAUGGAGCUGGAGCAGUUAACUGCCACCUGUCAAAACCUCCAGUGGCUGAAGACAGAACUGGAAACCAAGUGUGGCCGCUGGCAGAAGGAACAAGAGAGUGCUCUCCAGCAGUUGCAGACAUCCCUGCGUAACAAGGACAAAGAAAUGGAGGAACUCCGGGCAACACUACUCUGCAAACUCGAACCCUGUCAGAGUGAGAUAGCCGAGGAGCUGUGCCAGCACCUGCAGCAGAAAGAAAGGAUGCUGCAGGACCUCCUGAGCGAUCGGCGCAAACAAGCUGCGGAGCAUGAGAUGGAGAUCCAGGGGCUGCUGCAGUCCAUGAGCACCAGGGAGCAGGCGAGCCAAGCUGCUGCAGAGAAAAUUGCGCAAGCCUUCCUGGAGAGAAACUCAGAAUUACACGCCCUGCGCCAGUACUUAGGGAGAGACCUUGGCGCCUCUCGGGCGCCCCUCUUAAACCAGCAAGUUGAAGUGGCUUUAGUCAGCCCCCACCUGGGAGAUCAGACUGAUCAAAGCUCCAUGCAGAUGCCCUCUGGAGACGAUAGCACCUCGCUGACUGCUAGGGAAGAUGCCAGCAUGCCCAGGUCCAUGUUAGGAGACUCGGACACAGUUGCAGGGCUGGAGAAGGAACUGAGUAAUGCCAAGGAGGAACUCGAGCUCAUGGCUAAAAAAGAAAGAGAAAGCCAGAUAGAACUGUCUGCUCUACAGUCCAUGAUAGCUGUACAAGAGGAUGAGCUGCAGGUGCAGGCUGCUGACUUGGAGUCUCUGACCAGGAACAUACAGAUCAAAGAAGACCUCAUAAAGGACCUGCAAAUGCAGCUUGUUGACCCUGAAGACAUCCCAGCCAUAGAACGUCUGACCCAAGAGGUCCUACUUCUUCGGGAAAAAGUUGCUUCAGUAGAACCCCAGGGUCAGGAAGUUUCAGGAAACCAGAGACAACAGCUGCUGCUGAUGCUAGAGGGACUAGUAGAUGAACGGAGUCGGCUCAAUGAGGCCCUGCAAGCCGAGAGGCAGCUGUACAGCAGCCUGGUCAAGUUCCAUGCUCACCCGGAGAACUCUGAGAGAGACCGAACUCUACAGGUGGAACUGGAAGGGGCCCAGGCAUUACGCAGUCGGCUAGAAGAAGUUCUCGGAAGAAGCCUGGAGCGCUUAAACAGACUGGAGAGCCUGGCCGCCAUUGGAGGUGCUACAGCAGCCGACGACACUGAAGACGCAAGCACGGAGUUCACAGACAGCAUCGAGGAAGAGGCUGCACACAACAGCCACCAGCAACUCAUCAAGGCGUCUUUGGAGAAAAGCCUGACCAUGGAAACCCAGGACGAAUGUCUUCAGCCUCCGUCCCCAGCAGGAGGGGACGGUAACAGGUGUCUUCAGGAAGAAACACUCCACCUGAGGGCUGAAGUCCGCCAGCACUUGGAGGAGAAGAGAAAGGCCGAGGCAGAACUGAAGGAGCUGAAGGCUCAGAUGGAAGAAGCCGGGUUCUCCUCCGUGUCUCACAUCAGGAACACCAUGCUGAGCCUCUGCCUUGAGAAUGCAGAGCUGAAAGAGCAGAUGGGAGAAGUCAUGUCUGAUGGAUGGGAGGUCGAGGAAGACAAGGAGAAGGGCGAGGCGAUGGUGGAGACUGUGGCCGCCAAAGGGGGUCUGGAUGAGAGCAGCCUUCAGGCUGAGUUCAGGAAAGUCCAGGGAAAACUGAAGAGCGCCUACAACAUCAUUAACCUCCUCAAAGAGCAGCUGGUCCUGAGCGGCUCAGAAGGGCACAGCAAAGCGAUGCCGGAGCUCCUGGUGCGCCUGGCCAAGGAGGUCGACAGAAUGAACAUGGGCCUGCCUUCCCCUGGGAUGCAUCAGCACCAAGAGCCGGAGAACGUGACCACAAGGCCUGGCCCCAGACCCCAGAGCCUCAAUCUUGAGGCAGCCAUCUCAGUGGAGGCCCACCAACUGGAGAAGAAGCCCCGGGCCCAAGACUCUGGACACCAGGCAGAAUUUAGCCUCCCAGGGUCCACCAAGCACCUGCGUUCCCAGCUGGCCCAGUGCAGACAAAGAUAUCAAGACCUGCAGGAGAAGCUACUCAUCUCAGAGGCCACCGUGUUUGCCCAGGCAAACCAGCUGGAGAAGUACAGGACCAUCCUCAGUGACUCCCUGGUAAAACAGGACAGCAAGCAAAUCCAGGUGGACCUUCAAGACCUGGGCUAUGAGACUUGUGGCCGGAGCGAGAACGAAGCAGAACGUGACGAGACCACCAGCCCCGAGUGUGAGGAGCACAACAGUCUGAGGCCCAUGGUGUUCAUGGAGGGGCUAUGCUCGGAUCAGGGGUACCUGGACCCUGUCCUGGUCAGCCCGCCUGCGAAGAAGCCUCUGGAGAACAAACCUGGGAGGCAGGAGGAGUUCCAGGUGCAUGGAAAUUCGGACGACAGCUCUGUCCUGAGGAAGGACAUCAGAGAUCUGAAAGCCCAGCUCCAGAAUGCCAACAAGGUCAUCCAGAACCUCAGGAGCCGGGUCCGGUCCCUCUCCGCUACAAGUGAUUACUCAUCCAGUCUGGAGAGACCCCGGAAGCUGAGAACCGUCGCAACCCUUGAGGGCUCUUCACCUCACAGUGCCACCGAUGACGAUGAAGGGUGGAUGUCUGAUGGCACAGGGGCUUUUUACCCUCCAGGGCUCCAGGCCAAAAAGGAUCUGGAGAGUCUCGUCCAGAGAGUAUCCCAGCUGGAGGCCCAGCUCCCCAAAACUGGACUAGAAGGGAAGCUGGCCGAGGAGCUGAGGUCUGCCUCGUGGCCUGGAAAAUACGAUUCGUUGAUCCAGGAUCAGGCCCGAGAACUGUCAUAUCUGCGUCAAAAAAUCCGAGAAGGACGGGGUAUUUGUUAUCUUCUGACCCAACACGCAAAGGAUACAGUAAAGUCCUUUGAGGAGCUCCUCAGGAGCAACGACAUUGACUACUACCUGGGCCAGAGUUUCAGAGAGCAGCUUGCCCAAGGGGGCCAGCUGACGGAGAGACUCACCAGCAAACUCAGCACCAAGGAUCAUAAGAGUGAGAAAGAAGAAGCUGGGCUUGAGCCGCUGGCCCUCAGACUCAGCAGGGAGCUCCAGGAGAAGGAGAAAGUCAUUGAAGUCCUACAGGCCAAGCUGGACACCCGGUCCCUCUCACCCCGCAGCAGUCACACCCUCUCCGACUCCCAGCGCUCUGCCAGCAGCACCUCCUUUCUGUCUGACGAGAUCGAAUCCUGCUCCGACAUGGAUGUAGCCAGCGAGUACACACACUAUGAGGACAAGAAGCCUUCGCCUGGUCACUCAGAGUCCAUCCAUCAUUCGAGUCAUUCCGCUGUGUUGUCUUCCAAACCAUCAGCAUCCAGUGCAUCUCAGGGGCUCAAGGUCGAGUCCAGCAACAGCCCCAUCAGCUUGCCAACUCCUCAGAAUCCCCUCAAGGAGGCCAGCCAGGCCCAUCCAGGCUUUCAUUUUAACUGCACACCCAAGCCGGCUAGCCUUUCCCAGACACCAAUGCGCUCAGCUCCACCCAGCUUCCUGCCUUUCAGGCCCUCUGGCCCUCCCCUUCUCGGUUGCUGUGAGGCACCAGCGGUGUCCUUGGCCGAGGCUCAACAGGAGCUGCAGAUGCUGCAGAAGCAGCUGGGAGAAAGAAGUGUUAGCAUGGCUCCUCCUGCCUCCACGGCCACACAGCUGAGCAGCCAUCCAGAAGCUAGCUCUUCCCGCUACCUCAACCCCGCUCAGCCCCACUCUCCUGCAAGGGGCAUCAUAGAGCUGGGCGGAAUCCCAGAGCCUAGCUACCUGGGUGGCAGCGGCCAGUGGGACAUGAUGAGGCCUCAGAAAGGGAGCAUCUCUGGGGACCUGUCCUCAGGCUCCUCAUUGUACCAGCUGAACUCCAAACCCACAGGGGCCGACCUGUUGGAAGAGCAUCUUGGUGAGAUCCGGAACCUGCGCCAGCGCCUGGAGGAGUCCAUUUGUGUCAACGACCGGCUGCGGGAACAGCUGCAGCAUAGGCUCAGCUCCACUGCCCGGGAAAGCGGUUCCACCUCUCACUUCUACAGUCAGGGCCCGGAGUCCAUGCCUCAACUCUACAAUGAAAACAGAGCCCUAAGGGAAGAAAACCAAAGCCUGCAGGCUCAGCUCAGUCACGCUUCCAGAGGACACUCCCAGGAAUUGGAGCGCCUGCAGGAGGCUCUGCUUGCCUCUCAAGCCCAGCUUCAGGAGCUGGAGAGAGAGCUGGAGCAGCAGAAGGCUGAGCGGCAGCAGCUGCUGGAAGACUUGCAGGAGAAGCAGGAAGAGAUCUUGCACUUCCGGGAAGAGAGGCUAUCCCUCCAGGAAAAGGACUCCAGGCUGCAGCACAAGCUGGCUUUCCUGCAACAGCAGUGUGAAGAGAAGCAGCAGCUCUCGGCCUCCCUGCAGUCAGAGCUCCAGAUCUACGAGUCACUCUACGGAAACCCUAAGACGGGCAUGAAAGCUUUCAGCCUAGAUUCCUGUUGCCAAGUCCCCGGUGAGUUGAGCUACCUGGUGGCAGAGAUACGGGCCCUGAGAGCCCAGCUGGAGCAGAUCAUCCAAGUGAACAACGGUCUACGACUGCAGCUGGAACAGCAGCUGGAUCGUGGUGCUGGCAAAGCCACUCUCAGCCCCUCCUCUGUCGGCCAGAACGUCUCCGCUGACAUGGAGCCUGCACACACACAGCCUCUCUUUCAAGGUUCAACUGCUUCCCCUCCGGUCCGGGAUGUUGGCUUGAGUUCUCCCGCCACGGUCCUCCCCAGCUCCUCCUGCUCUGGUCCUGACUCAGACGCUGCCACCAUCACCAGGACAAAUGAGCUAGGUUCAGAUGACUCUGCAGCAAUGAAGGACCCUCCCAAGUUGGAGGGCGAUGCUAUUGAUGGCGCCUUUGCCAACAAACAUGGCCGACACGUCAUCGGCCAUGUCGAUGACUACAGUGCUCUACAGCAGCAGAUCAGGCAAGGCAAGCUCCUGGUCCAAAAGAUACUGUCUCUUGCGAGGCCAGCGUGCAACAUCCCUGGACCUGAAGCUCAGGGCACAGAGGUACCAGGUAACAAAAGUGUCCAGGAGCUGCGGAGCAGUGCCAGUGCUCUGAGCCACACCCUAGAAGAGUCUGCAUCUCUCCUCACCAUGUUCUGGAGAGCAGCCUUGCCAAGCUCGCCUGGGUCUGGACUGGUAGGCAAAGCGGGACAGUUGAUAGAGAAGGAACUCCUGGAUCUGCGAGCCCAAGUGUCCCAACAAGAACAGCUCCUCCAGAGAACUAACGAGCGUCUGAAGACGGCUAAGCAGAAGAAAAAGAUCAUGGAACAGUACAUCGUGAACCACCUGACCAGAACCCAUGAUGUCUUGAAGAAAGCACGGACUAACUUAGAGCACGGCCCUUACGAGAUUGCCUCUGUGCGGCCAUAUUCCUGUCCCAGCAAAGGUGAAAUCCUUCAGGGCUCGGUCACACACCUCAGCCUUGUGACCCUUGCCUUCCAGGAGCCACACAAGAAGCGAAGCCAGAGGUUCUUAAAGCAGCAGGAAGGGUGGGCCUGCCCCAGCCUUGUGCAGUUGCCCAUCUGCUAAGGAAUACCUGUUCCCACCCCUCCCUGCUGGAGGUCCGGAAAAGGGCUCAGAGCUGUGUCCACAUGGGACAGACAGGAAGGAGAGUGGCAUCCUGGCUACAAUGAUUAUGGUUCACCAAGGCCCACUGGGCCCAGCACUAAGCAAAACUGAUGUAGACUGCAUAGAGGGCCUUGCGGCACUGCUUCCAAACAGCCUCGGCGGCAUGGCACCUGCCCUGUUGGUUCUUGCCUCAGCAUCUGUCCUCAGCACCGCCAACUCAGGGGAACCAGGACCUCGCUGCCCACAAAGGGAUGCGUGGUCCCAACACUGAAGCUCCUCAGACAGCUGUAAAAGCACACUCUCUGGCGACAGUGCCCUGCUGGACAGUGUUGGGGCUCGGCAAGCUCCCCUCACAAACCCGCUCUUAACCCAGGCCAGCCCUGUGGGUCAAGCCAGGUAGUACUUUGGUCUGUACCACCACACCAGAGUCUACAUAUCAAACGUGGUGACUUGUAGGUGCCAACUGCUUAGCCUAGCCCCUUCUGUUUCUUAUAUGAUCUCAAGUUGAAUUGGCUCCCUUAAGUGCGCCGUCCCUUAUAAUCCUCAGGGGAAUGGGGGACUGGAGGCUGCAUGGAGCCUGUUGAAUGUCUAGCAUACAGCACACCGGUACCUCUUUGAAUGGCAUGGGCGAGGGCUGUUCUGUCCUGAAGGCUGUGUGUCUUCACAGUGCUUGUAGGAUGUGGGUGUGUGUAUAAAUGUAUAAUAUAGAUUUCUAUGUUGCUCUGGCCAUGUGUUGCAGGCUGUAAUGUGUAGACAGGUGAGAAGACACUCUGCAGUCUUUCUGAUGGCUAUUAAAGCAAGCCGUGUAUAAAGUAA